ACCGUUAGACCGUGUGACUGUCAACCCAUCUCCAAAAUUAAAACCCUAAUCCUCCUUCACUUCCCCUCCGGCGGGAGCCACUCUAGUGAGGUUGAACUCGGGAGACAGAUUCCUUGGCCUCGCCGGCAAAAGGCUGAUGGAGAACCUCGCCGCACAUGAAUCGCUCUUAAACCCUAAGACACAAAACCAUCACUCCUACUCCUUCGACUCUCCCCACCCCGUCUAUGCCAUGGCCUUCUCCACCUCCUCCCCUUCCCCGUGCCUCGCUCUCGGUAGCUUCAUCGAGGAAAUAAAUAACCGCGUCGACAUCGUUUCUUUUGACGAAGAGACUCUCACCUUCCGAUCCGACCCUCAGCUCUCCUUCGAGCACCAGUACCCUCCCACCAAGCUCAUGUUCCAUCCCAAGCCGCUCCCCGGCCAACCCCAUUCCCUCCUCGCUUCCUCCGGCGAACUCCUCCGCCUCUGGCGCGUCAAGGAAUCCGCCACCGAGCUCUGCUCCGUCUUCAACACCAGCAAGUCCACCGAGUUCUGCUCCCCCCUCACCUCCUUUGAUUGGAACCAGGCGGAACCCCGCCGCAUUGGAACUUCCAGCAUCGACACCACGUGCACUGUUUGGGAUAUCGAGCGCUGUGUUGUGGAGACGCAGCUCAUUGCCCACGAUAAGGAAGUUUAUGACAUCGCCUGGGGUGGAGCUUCUGUCUUUGCAUCCGUCUCAGCCGACGGAUCUGUCAGAAUCUUUGAUCUCAGGGAUAAAGAACACUCUGCGAUUGUCUACGAGUGUCCCAGACCCGAUACUUCUCUCCUCCGCCUAGCCUGGAACAAGAUGGAUGUCAGAUACAUGGCUACCAUCCUUAUGGACAGUAACCGGGUGGUUGUCAUUGACAUUCGCUCUCCGGCUCUGCCAGUGGCCGAGUUGCAGAAGCACGGGGCAAGUGUAAAUGCGAUUGAUUGGGCGCCGCAGACAGCUCGCCAUCUAUGCUCUGCAGGGGACGAUGGGCAGGUUUUCAUUUGGGAGAUUCCGACAACUGUGCCGCCUGAAGGGGUUGAUCCUUUGCUCGCAUACCAGGCUGCUGCGGAGAUAAACCAGAUGCAAUGGUCUGCUGCUCAUCGGGAUUGGAUUGGGGUUGCUUUCUCGAACAAGGUGCAGUUGCUUAGGGUUUGAGAACAAGUGAGAGAUUGGAUUUUGUAUUGAGCUCUUGCUAGGUUCUGGGCCUGUAUCCAAGGCACCCUACAGAAUGACAAUUAAGGAGUUGCAGGAAUUGAAGAGUCAACUGCAGAAUUUACUGGAUUAGGGGUUCAUCAGACCGAACAACUCACCAUGGGGAGCUUCAUUAUUAUUUGCGAAGAAGAAUAAGAGGAACAAAGGGUUGUGUGUAUGUCUUACCAAUUUCAGCGUCACCCUAACUACUCAUGUGUAGAGGAAAGAGGAAACGAGAUUGUCAAGGACUCACAGUGUUGGGUGAGCCGCAACCGAAGCCAGGAAGAACAAGAAGAGGAGCAGUGUGCGUAUCCUAUUGGGUCGAGCCGAGGCCAAAGGAGGAGGAGAAAGCACUCUCCGACGCUGUGCUCGCAUAGAAGAGGAGGAAGAUGAGUCAUGGUCUUUGUGUGCAUCAGGGUUAUUGAGAGCCGUGUGAAGGUAAAAAGAGAGGAAAAGGGAUUUGUGGUGCGCUCGCGCAGAGGAAGGAGGCUGCGGGUUUCAUCUUUGCGUGCAAUGAGGGAGCUUGUGCGUGAGGUUUGGGUCGUCGAAGUUAUAAAA